AAUCACACCAGGAGGUGCUGCAUGGAAGAUUGAACCAGACUGUACACUUCCCUCUGAAUAUCGACAUCAGUCAGACAAAUCAAGUCUUUAAUUUGGAAUGGCGAUUCAUCCAGGACAAGAUACCAAGUUCAAUCCUUACAUUUUCACCCAACUCCCUGCACCCCUUCAUCUCACAGACCUUCGAAAACAGAGUGAAUUUUUCCAGGACUAAUGCAGAAUUAUUUCUGAAAGACAUUCAAAUUGCAGAUGAAGGGAUUUAUGAACUUGAAGUUACAACUGCAGAUGGGAUACCAACUAAACGCUCAGUGUUUCUAACUGUAAAUGUCGCUGUGUCCAGUCUGAGAGUUGGAAUGAAUCCUGAAGCACCCCAGACCGGUGAUAAUGUGACUCUGGAAUGCUCUGUUCAACUGGGGAAUCUUGUCCGAUACAGCUGGUACCGAUGUGACCUGCCUCUGUCAAAUGGAAUGAACUAUCACCUGUCACAGAACAACUGUUCGCUGACCCUGCUGAAUGUGCAGGACUCUGAUGUUGGUGCCUAUCAGUGUAAGGCAGAAAAUCGCAUCAGCUCCAAACACAUAGACUUUAUCUUCCAGCUCUGCCUACCAUCAAAAGAAAGCACAGUGGAAUCUAAGUACCUGGGAUAUGGUGGCUAUCCAGGAUAUAUUGGGUACAUAAUUCUCAUUAUCUUGUGCUGCCGGAGGAAGAAACAAACAAGAAAACUGUCAAAAGAGAGUGAAACUAUUUAUGAAAACACCCACAUAGUAAAAUAAAGAGUUGGCUCUUACUCGUGUGAAUAUCCCAAGAUGUUGUGUACACAGCAAUGAGUAAAUGAAGCAUUAAAGACAAUUCUGCAGCUCUGC